AUGGAGGAUCCCCUGGGCGAGAGUCCACCGUGGUCUUUCUCUUCCGUUCGUCCUUCUCCACCACGGCCUCCCUCGUCGCAAGACCCGCCUGCCCAGUUCGGACCCCCCGCGAGAGAGCUCUUUCUUCCCAUCUCCCAUCCGCCUUUUCGACUCACUGAUGUAUCUGACUGUCGCCCAUUCGAUGCGGUGUCUCCGCCGUUGUCUGCCUCGCCUGCCCUUAUCCUCUCCCCUUCCCUUCUCUCAGGCGGGCUCCCCUGGGCGCUGCAGUGCCUGGUGGCGAAGCACGCGUCUGUACAGCUGAGCCGGCCACAGCCGGCCUCGCAGGUUCCACCGACCGGGACGGGGCCGGGGUUCCUGACGCAUCAAUUUCUCCCCACAUAUGGCUUCGACAUCCCGUCCUACGGCCCAAGAGGAGAGACAGGGAGCGCAGGAGCUCGCGGACACUCGGCGCCCGAGGAUUCAUCGUGGGGGUUGGCGUAUUCCCCUUUUCUGGUUCAAAAUGAGGCACGAACCUUCUCCGCUUCUUGGCCUCGGUCGUCUGCCUCGGCCGACUUCCCCCCAAGCGGCACCUUUCUCGGAGAGGAAGCGAGAACGGGGGACGCAGACUCUGGCCUCUGUUCUUCAGGACAGAGUCGUCCGAAUCGUCCAGGGUUUGAAGCGACAAACAGUGUUGCAGGCCGAGAAGGCCGCGAAUUUCGAGCACAUGCAGACCCUUCAGUCUCCCAUCAGGUUGCCGUCGGCGUCUCGUCUGUUACGAUCCCUGCGAACGCUCUCCGCACCGGUCCUAUACGCGGCCCUCAUCUGUCUUUCUCGCCUCGUUCUCAGGGGUAUCCUGUGUAUCCUCAGACCUGCUUUCCCGCAGGUCUUCCUCCUUCUCAGAUCCCGAACGGGCUUUCGUGUUCCGGCUCUCUCUCCCCCCUGCCCCCACAACCUGGCUGGCCGCUGCCGGCCGCUCUGCCCCCGCCGGCCGUCUAUCCACCCGAAUUCAGGGCGCCGGCGCUCGCUGUCUCGUCAGCUGUGUUUACGCCUGGCGACGGUGGUCUGGAGUCGGGGCGGGAGAUGGUGUUGUGCCGCCGGGGCACGGUGCGCCCACGAGUUCGCAUCGACGACUCGCAGACUGUCGGCCCUCUUCCCUCGCCAGAGGACGGCAGCGACCGAGGCCGGCGUUCAGACACAAGUCACUUCAGCGAGCAAAACGCGAGCGGAGAUUUGGGGACAGGUGCGUUGCCUCCCGCCGCUCGCGAGCCGCGACAAGCGAGUACCGUUACGCCGUCUGCGCCCUCUGCAUCGCUUGCUUGUUCGCCCGCGGGGGUUCAGGACCUCUCUGCGUUUCCAUGCUCCGCUUCAGGUCGGCCCUUCUAUCCCCAAGAGAGCAGGCGAGACUCGUGGAGCGCCUUUCAGCCCCCGUCGGUGGGCCUCUCGUACACCUCGCCCUCUCUUGGCCCUGGUCUGUGUCCGGGCCCUUUGGCGGUUCAGACCCGCGGGGCGGGCGACCUGUUUCACGACAACCCUCAAAGGCGAGAGCGCCUGCUCGAGCGCUCUGGCGGCCGCCGAGGAUGGGCGCUGUCUAGCGAAACUCGCAGACCGGAUUUUGAGGCGCCUUGGCCGCCGCACGUUGCAAUUUCGCUACCUCAGAGCGACGCCUUUCUCGCGAGAGUCGAAGGCGGAAACCCGGGGGGAAGUGAGGUAGCCCUUCUGCCGAACCGCAAUUUUAGCGCGACCUCUCUCACGCAGAACUGCUCGACUCCGGGGCCCUUAGAAGGAAAUGCCGCCCCUUGGCGCUCGAACGCGCAGCCUGCCAUGUCAGAAGGGCCUGUUGGGGGGGCGGGGAACGACGAGAGAGAGCGACGCGAGCAUGGAGGUCGCCAGAGAGUGGCCGACGUUCUCGAGAACAGUUCUGGGAGCUCUGGACACGAAUCUGCAAGGACAGAAAGCUUGAUGGGCAGUGUCGCGACAGCUCCAAACGGCCCCUCGCUUCGCUACCCUCAGGCCGCGAGGCUUCCAAGGGGGGCCGAGACUAUUGUGCCGUCCCGGAGCUCGAGGCCUCUAUCGGGCCAGGGGAGCCUCGGCCUGGCUAGCGGCUCCCACGGUUCGCCCCUUACGCCGCCUUUAGGGUCAGUUCGACUGCAGACUGGCGUGGAAGAAGGUCGUCCACCGGAGGAAAUUUGCUCCGUACCACCUGACCGGGAAGACGCGCGUGAAGCUACCCAAAAGGCGGAGACUGAACUGACAUCUGCGUCUCGGGGCAACUCAGAAAGUUCGACUGGAGGGCCGCCUUUUGCUCCAGGCCCUGCGCGAUGCCCCCCGGCGCCUUCCGGUUUCCCGUCCUCGGCGCCCUUCAGAGAUCAGGAAAGAGUCGCGGGUGACGGACACACUGCGAGCGGCGGAUGGCGGGUCGAGACGGGUCAGAGUGUCGGGGAACUCGCGCCAUCGACAGAGAGAACAAGGCAACCGUCGGAACCCGCACACGCCGCUCUGGAUUUCUCUUCUCAUCGUCGGGUAUCAUCCGCGGAUGUAAGCAGCGGCAGUUUCUCUGGCGGCGGCUCUCUUGUCACGGCAGACGUCAUGCAAGUGCCCCCCUGUUCCAGUGAGGCCGCUACGCGCCCCAUGUCUGGGGUUCAGGAGGUGUGGCGAGCAGAGGGCGCUGCGCCGUUCUCCUGUUUCCUUUCGGGCUCCACUUGGGAGCAGGGCCGACCGCCUGUCUACGAGCCAGUCGGGUCGGAGGCGCGGGCGACAGCGAGCGCGGGAGGCCUUCCAAGCCAAGUAACCUCAGAGCGAGCGGAGCGCCCCACGGCCUCAUCCACGUCAAUUCGUCACAGCCGGACCUGUUUCCCCGAGGGGCGUGUCGCCCCUCAAUCUUCGCCGUCACCGCAGCAAGCGCCAGCUUCGCUUUCGAUGCCCAGUUCCGUCCCCGCAUACGGGCAGCGUUCUUCUCAUCAUGGAGAGGCCUCAGCCAUGUUCCUGCCACCCUCCACUUCCACAGCGCCCUCGUUGUCCCUUUCUUUUGACUCAGGCACGGGCGCCGCGCUCCUCUCAAGGGCUCGGCCUCCUUUCCCCGGACCAGUAUACGUUUCGAGAGACCCCUCGUGGGGGGCCGGUAACGCCCCGCCUUACGCCUCUCUCCCAUCCCAUCCUUUCCUGCCUCCACCGGGUCCCUUCGUUAUGGGAUUCUCAGGGCCUCCCCAGUAUUGGCAAGAGGACCCCUGGCUGCCCCAGUCGGGGGCCGGAGGGUGGGGGCCUAGGGCAGGCCCUGGGCCGCAGUCAAGAACUGACCCGCACUUGAGCGGGGACUUUGCGUUUCCUGGUGUUGCCGAGUAUGUCUAUUUGGCUGAGGGCGGAGCCCGAUUUCGCGGAGAUCUGGCACGCGACCGCGACAUGGGUCUCCAUUCUGGGCCUCCGCUUCCGUCCGGGCCGCCAGCCAUGACCUGCCGGCCUCCAGGGGCAGGCGGGGCGUGGAACCCCAAUGAAACUUUGGCGCAGCGCGCUGGAGGCUUUGACGCGUUCCAGGAGAGAGUCUUUCACACUGGACUUGGGCCGCUCCCUUCCCUAGAUCGUAUUUCUUUAAUGCGCCCAGAUGUCUUGCCGUCGCACUUUCCCCCCUUCACAAGGCCUAUUGCAGGUUUGUGUGGGGACGAGGCGGACACCGAGUUUCUGUCUCCGGGCCCGGGGCGCGGGCGCGCCGGGGGCACUGUCUCCUUUGGGCACCAGGUGCCUGGACCCGAGAGUGUCCCCUUCGACGGCAGCGCCUCGUGCGGCGGCUCCGACGGGCACUCCGCGGGCCGCGUUGACCCUGGAACACGGCGAGACACCCCGGCCGGCGACGGGACGAGGGGCAGCCAGGAGGAGCCUGAAGAAGGCUUGAGUGGAUCCCGGCGCGCCAGCGCGAGCCUCAGCCCGCGGGGGGGCUUGCGUCCACGCCUCGAGGCUUCUCUGGGGCUUGCGGGGGACCGGUCCCCGACACCGCGGCCUGUCUCCCGGCCCGGGAGCGAAGCGCCCCGACGGGGACAGUUCGCCGGCGUGGGGCCGUCGGCUUGGGGCGUCGAGGGCGGCUCAGAGGCUCUGGGGCGCUCGGAUCCGGACACGCCCUUCCGGCGCCUCUGCAGCCCGGACCAACUGGACCCCGAGGGCGAGGAGCACGCGGUUUACGAAUCUGAGGAAAGCGGAGAAAACGGGUUAGACGAAGAAGGUGAGGACAGCGCAAGCGGCGCCUCGGCGGCCUCCGCCCCAGCCUGGUGUCUGAGGUGGAAUGGCGAAGGUGCGCAAGACGUGGUAGAGCUCUACGAAGUCGAGCGCAUCAUCGGCGUCCGCCGCCUUGUUGACGGCUCCAAGCGCUACAAAGUCCGCUGGAAAGACUAUCUGCCCGCUGACGACACCUGGGAACCUCAAGAGCACCUCGAGGGGCUGGAGGAGCUGCUGGAAGAGGCCGAAGAGGUCCUGGGCAGCGAAGAGUUUCACCGCUGGGGCCACCCGCGAGAGCCGCUCGACGGGACACAGGGACUAACCCGGGAUCGAAGGCCCGACAGACGAAGCGACCCGAGAGAAGGAAGGGCAUGCACCACCCAGGAAGAAGAAGGCGAGGCGGCAAACCUCGAGCCGGAGCUUGCGCAGCGAACAGGGACCGGGGACGAAGAGGCGAGAGACGCAUGUGGGGAGGGAGACGCUCCAGAAUGCGUUUCUACCCUGAAGGAAGCGACCGUUGGCGAAGGAGACGCUCUCGAACAAGACACUACAGGGAACGAUCCAGAGGAGGCAGAGGGCGCGGAAGUUGAGAAAGACCAAGAAGUCGAAUCCCACCGAGGCGGUGAGUACGCGUUUCUCGCAUCGUGUCUGGCAGAGGCCGCGGACAACCCGUUAUGGCGGAGGUAUCUCCAAACCUCCGAAAGCUCAGGGGAGCCCUCCGACGCAAGCGGAACCCAAUGGCGGACCCCUCAACGUCCGGCCCGAUCUCUCUGCACCUCGCCUCAUCGAGCCCCACCGAAUUCUGCGUCUACCGCAGACCUUUCCAGACGCAGCGACCCCUCUCGUGCCAUGUCUCCUUCCCCGCAUCUGGCGUCGACCUCCUCAUGCUCAAGUGGGUCGGCGUCUCCCCGCUCGGAGGAGAGCCCAACAACGCGUUCGCCCUCCGUUUGUUCUUCUCGCAGCUCGCGUUCGAGAUCGCCUUCUCCUCAUCUUGGGCGGCCACCGCCUCGAGCAGUCCACCGAGUUGUGCAGUAUCGAAGUUAUUACGGCGAAGGCGAAUUUCGUCUCCUCUGGAGAGGCAGCAGCGCAGACGCCGUCGAGUGGGCCCCCGAGUGGCUGCUGCUGCAGCUCCCGGAGGCCCUCAGCCCCGAAGUGCGCAUGCAGAUGGCCCGCGUCAAGGAACGCUGGCGGGCGAGGCAAGCCGCCAUGAAUGGAAGAGCUCUGGUCUCCAGUUGGUGCGGCUCGGUCUGA